UGAUACAAAAAACAAAGAAUAAUUUGCGAUAAAAAAAUUUAAAAUUUUCUAUGAUGGCGCUGUGCGGCAAUUUGUGGAACUAAUACUUACACGAACUGCCGUCAGAAAGGAAGUGAAGCCAUUGCAUUCUUUUCAGUCAGAGCUCCGUUCUGGACGCAACAUAAUACACGAUGACAAACUCAAAAGGUUACCGUCGCUCGACGCGCGACUUGUUCUCGCGCCGGUUCCGCCAGCGCGGUGCGAUCCCGUUGUCCACAUACAUGACCAUCUACAAAGUGGGCGACAUUGUUGAUGUGAAAGGCAACGGCGCCGUACAAAAGGGUAUGCCCUACAAAGUUUACCACGGAAAGACCGGACGUGUAUUCAACGUAACCGCCCACGCGCUCGGCGUCAUCGUCAACAAGCGUGUCCGCGGACGCAUUAUCCCUAAGCGCAUCAACCUUAGGAUUGAGCACGUCAAGCACUCCAAGUGCCGACAGGACUUCUUGCAGCGCGUCAAGCAAAACGAGAAGCUGCGUCGCGAGGCCAAGGAGAAGAAGCAGAAGGUGUGCCUGAGGAGGCAGCCAGCGCAGCCACGGCCGGCGCAUAUCGUUAGCGGAUUUGAUGCGCCUAUCGUCUUGGCGCCCAUCCCGUACGAAUUUAUCGCUUAAACUUUUGAUAGGAACUAAAUACAUUAUAAAAAGUUGAAAAACAA